GAUCGCCAGAGGUAGUGAUGGAUGGCUGUGGUUGGAACACGGGGCCACCCAAUCGCUCCUGCCAUCAUCUCCCUCCUCUGCACCACUCAAAACCACACCCCCUUCCAUCCUCCCUCUGCGCCAGCCUCCCUCUCUUCCUCGCCCAGCCGGCCAUGGAAGCUCUGGCCGUCGCCUCGCCGGUCGCGGCGCGGCCGCAGCCCCGCCGACGAUGCCUCGCCGCAGGUUCAUCGUGCCAGAGGAGGACGAGCACCUCCUUCAGCGGCGUCACGGUGCAGCUGCAGAAGCCAUUGCACCCAACGACCAGUUCCCGGCGAUCGUCGUCGGUGGUGGCGAUGGCGAUGACGUCGCGGCCGUCGAUCCAGUUCAUCCAGGGCACGGACGAGCAGACGAUCCCGGACGUGCGGCUGACCAAGUCCCGGGACGGCAGCAACGGCGUGGCCAUCUUCACCUUCGACCAGCCGUCGGUGUUCGACUCGUCGGCGGAGCUGGGCGACAUCACGGGGUUCUACAUGAUCGACGAGGAGGGCACGCUGAGCUCCGUGGACGUCAGCGCCAAGUUCGUCAACGGCAAGCCGGCGGCCGUGGAGGCCAAGUACGUGAUGCGCACCCCCAGGGACUGGGACCGCUUCAUGCGCUUCAUGGAGCGCUACUCCCAGGCCAACGGCCUCCAGUUCCUCAAGAAGUAGCCAUCUUCAUCCAUCCAGUCCAUCAUCAUCAUCCAUGAAUGCAUCUUUGAUUCUUCUUCUUCUACUCAUUUUUGUUUCAUGGAUUCCUGACAGAAACUAGCUGCUAUAUAUAGCUGCAUUGAGUUCAGUCAUCACUGUGACUGUUGAUUUGUGUGCUCUGUGACUGCGUACCUUGUUCAUUAAGCAUGAGAUGCUUGAUUCUUCA